AUCCUUCUAUUUAUUUACUUUAUAUUGUAUAGAUAGUAGGUAUAGUAUAGUGUAGAUAGUAGGUAUAAUAUAUGAUUAUACCCAAUUCUUUUCCACCUCUUAUAUUGUAAACCAUUUCAAAGCUCUUCGAGAGAAGUGAUAAAAGUGGGGAAUUAUCUUAAAGAUAUAAUAACACCGAUAUACUGUAACUGUGCAAUAACUCUGGUGAUACAACUGUGGUACAGUGAUUCAAUCAAUAUGUUCUGCAAAUUAUUAUUUUUUGCAUUUUUAUUAAAAAUUGCAAACAGCAAUGUAACCAAUUAUGCAGAUAAUAUAACAUUACAUUUUACACAUGAAAUUAAGAAUUGGGUACAAGUACAACAAAAAUCUGAAGAAUUUCAACAUUUGAUCCAAAGUUUAACUCUUCCAACUAAUUUACAACGUGUUGACUGGCGUAGCUUUGAUGAUGAAAGAGGCACAAUUAUUUGCAUAAUAUGCCGAUCUAUCUUAAAUGUUUUUAUGGAAUAUCGUAAGCACGGUAUGUCAGGGGAAAACAUUGGAUAUUUAGUAACUAAACUUUGUACACUACUGAAUCUGCAAACUCCAGACGUCUGUAAAGGUGCAAUAAAUAUCAAUUUGCCAGUAAUCUUGCAUAUCAUAGAUUCAAGACCGAAUCUAACAUCGUCCACAAUUUGUGGAAUUGUACUAGAAUCACAAUCUUGUCCGCUUAAUAAUGACGAGUUCAAUUGGACAAUCGACAUUGACAGUAGUCCUCCGAAACUGAUUGACCUGGAGGAGAGUGAUGAAAUUAUAAAUGUGAUACAAAUUACGGAUAUUCAUUACGAUCCCAACUACGAACCUUAUGGUAAUUCGCAGUGUAAGGAACCAACAUGUUGUCGAAAAGGACAGAACGACACAAACACAAGUGACAAAGUGGCAGGGUAUUGGGGAGAUUAUAAUCAUUGUGAUAGUCCGUGGCAUGCUGUUAUUGAUACUCUAGAUCACAUUCGAGCCGAGCAUGAGAAUAUUUCCUACGUUUAUUUCACUGGCGACAUAAUAGACCACGGCGUUUGGGAAACCACGAUUGAAGGAAAUGUGGAAAGCCUUAAUAAAAGUUACAUUCAAAUUCGCGAAACAUUCAAAAAUAUUCCUGUGUAUCCAAUUUUGGGUAAUCACGAACCGCAUCCGCUGAAUCAAUUUGCACCUCAGACUAUCACUAAUGAAGAGAUAAGCACGCAAUGGCUGUAUCGCAUGAUGGCUGAUUUAUGGAUUAAUUUCGGAUGGUUACCAGAAUCUACACGUUCUACCAUUCUAAAGGGCGGAUAUUAUACAUUUUCGCCCAAGAAAGGAUUUAGAAUUAUAGCUCUGAACAAUAACGUGUGUUAUUGUUAUAAUUGGUGGAUAUGGUAUCAACCGGCAGAUCCUGAUGGCCAGUUGCAAUGGUUAUCGAACACACUUUUACAGGCUGAAAAGGAUGUCGAAUUCGUUCACAUAUUAGGGCAUAUUCCACCUGGUCAUCAGCAUUGUCAAACUACGUGGAAAAGGGAAUAUAUUAAAAUUGUCAACCGAUAUGCCCACAUUAUUAGAGCGCAAUUCAACGGUCAUACGCAUAAGGAUGAAUUAGAAUUAUUUUAUAGUACUGAUGAUAGCAGCAAAAUCAAUAACGUCGCUUGGAACGGCGGUAGCAUGACUGCUUAUUCAAAUUUAAAUCCCAACUACAAGUUGUAUUUUGUUGAUAGCAAAAAUUACGCAGUGAAAGAUUUUGAGAAUUGGACGUAUAAUUUAACUUUAGCAAAUGAGGACGCUGAUCAACGACCGUCAUGGUACAAGUCGUAUUCAUUUAAAGAGGAAUAUAACGUUUCCAAUAUAACAUACGAUUCAUUACAUGUUUGGCUCUCUGAAUUAGCAACCAAUGAAAAUCUAUUAAGUCGUUAUUACAGAAACUAUUUCAAACAUGCUGAACCAUCGCUGAGAAAAGAAUGUGACACAAAGUGCAUGAGGUCCUACAUGUGCAGUAUAAUUGUAAGUCUAGGAGAUCACAAAACUAAAUGUCUUAAUAGUCAGCAUUGAUAUUUUGGAGAUAUCAAUUUAACUUUUUAACGAUAGUGAAGAAAAGUACUACUUAUUGAGUAAAUUUAUGAAAAAACAAGAAAAUUUAUUAUUACAUUUUUUCAAUUGCUUUUCACAAUAUAUAUUUACAAACAGAUAACAUCUAAUUAUCUGUUAAUGUUUUAUCUGUUUACAUAAUUAUAUAUAAUUAUUUUUGAUGUUUA